UGCGGAAUCGAGCACGCGCGUAUAGAGAGCGCCUUUUCCUCUAGACUACGUUCAGUUCAACGUUCGAAGCCCACGAAACUAUAUCACACUGCACAUUUUGCAAAGAUUAUUCGGUGCACGCGGUGCGCUAUAUAAACGCUCAGAUUUUCGUAUAUAAAACGGAAUAAAUUUUUCGAAUUUUCUCGAAUUUUCGCUGGAAUUGACUGCCGAACGAUCGAGUGGACACCUGUCGCGAUACAUCGACGAAAAGUUAAGCUGAGCAUCGAUAUUGAUUGCUGGGAGAUUUCUGCAGAAACACACAGAACACCGAACUUAGAACCUAGAAUAAUCUGACUCGACCUUCGGCUGCUGCAAGUUUUGGAGCAGAGAGCUGCUUGCUGCUGUGACAGAGAUUCGGUCUUAGAAGCUAGAAAGAAUGGCCAAGUGGGGUGAGGGAGAUCCACGAUGGAUUGUUGAGGAGAGGCCCGAUGCCACAAACGUGAACAACUGGCACUGGACGGAAAAAAAUGCAUGUGCCUGGUCACAGGAAAAGAUCAAGGAGCUCUUCACAGACGCUGUCAUCGAAGGCGAUGGAUUCAAAUGUAAAAUAUCAAAAGUUGAAAAGUGCGAGGGAGAGGCAGUGGCAAACAACAGAAAAGGGAAAUUAAUCUUCUUCUAUGAAUGGAAUAUCAUUUUAAACUGGAAAUGCCUGUCUGCUGAGAAGGGAAAGAAGAUAGAAGGAAAAAUUAAUAUCCCUAAUCUGUCGGAAGAAAACGACAUUUCUGAAGUAAAUAUCGAAAUUACGUUGAAAGAUAGUACUGAUGAAGGAGAGCGAAUGAAGCAUUUGCUGCAUACAAAAGGCAAAGAGGCAAUCAGGGAAAAAUUGAAAAAAUAUGUGUCAAGUUUGAAAGAAGAAUUUACAAAGGGUAUGAUCCUUCCAAAAAAAGAUACUAUGAAAGAGAAGAUUUCCAACAUCACUUCUGGCUUCAACAAUGUCAAAAUGCAAAUGAAUUCCACGAUAAAUGCACCCAAUAAUAACCAAAAUUUAGGCGUGAAAAUAACGACGACCACGGUAAACCAGCAACAGAAGUUUAUGUGCAGAGGACAGGAGUUUUACAACGUCAUGACAACGCCCGAGAUGGUGAUGGCGUUCACAAAGGGGCCGGUAAAGCUCGAAGCCAAAAAGGACGGCAAAUUUGAGAUAUUCGGUGGCAAUAUUUAUGGAGAAUUCGUUGAGCUCUCGCCAACAAAAAUUGUACAGAAAUGGAGGUGUAAAUCGUGGCCCUCUGGACAUUACAGUGACGUAGUUAUGGAUAUAGCGGAAAAGAGUGACCAUACCGAGGUCAACAUUGUGCAAACUGGAGUUCCUGUCAGCGAGGAAGACUCUACGAAGGAGAACUGGGAUCGGUAUUACUGGGACGCCAUCAAGAGAACCUUUGGCUUCGGCUACUUCAUGUGAUUCUCCAUUGCGACUCUUCCUUUUAAUUCACAACAUACACUUAAGCGCGCGCGUAGCCGUUAUGCGCGUCGCCACAGCCGCCGUUACUACUGCCCUCGGCGCGCGGGGCUUUUGCUACGUAGGUAUUAUAAAUAUUUAUUGAUAAGUAGAUGAAAAAAAAGUUAGAGGGCCACCGCGCAGGACGUCAAAGGCGUGUGUGCGCGCGCGCAUAGCCCCCGAGAGCAGCUCUCAUACAAAUACAAUGCGAGACAAAGAGACGACAUCUUGGCAGAAGGAUCGCGACUCAUCAUCAUCAUCAUCAUCAUCAUUGUUAGUAUCAAAUCCAGCCACUUUUGACGCGGGGUUCGUAUAAGGAAGGUAUCUGGAAGUCGCGAUUUCGGAACUGAGCACGAUCUGUAGCACCUUCGAUCAAGAGAACUAUUGAAUAUUGUAUAUUUCGAUUUGUGGUGUAACUACGUAUGAGAAAUGAUACGCUGAAAAAAAGGAUAGAAACUAUUGGCAUCAAACAUGUUUGACAUUUUGAUUUUCAUUUUACUUCUUGAUGAUUGUCAUUUUUGUAUAUCCAAUCAAUUCACUGACAAUUAUACAAAGAGUUACGUACAUUUCCGGAAGCGAAGCUUUAAGUUCGGUUUUUACGUUAUUUGAAAGUUUUAUACAACAGUGCUUAUAAAGCGUAAAUAAAUCUAAACAAAGUAAGACAGGCCGAGCUCUGUUGUGAAUUACUCUCUGGGUCCUGUCUCGUCUCCCCCUGUUCAUUAAAGCGUUCGCAUGUACGUAUAUUUUGAUUCACACGGCGGAUUAAUUUAAUAAAGUCUUUUUGAUGUAGAGCGCAGCGCCGCACACGACGCGCGGAUUAAAAUAAUUCCUCUCGAAAAAAGCUAGAAUUUCGGAGGAAUCCUUUCGGAAGGUAUUACGUAAUGCGAUUCAAUUUCCUCGUUCGUUAAAAGCUCGCUGAUAAACGUCGUUUUCGUCGAAUUAAAAGUGUGCAGCGACGAAAUUUCAUUCUUAUGCCGCAGCGGCGGCUUUAAAAUUUCUAAGCCACGAGCUUUGCAGAUUUCAAUGUGCAGCCGAGAGGAGCUUUUUAACAAUGUAACGACGACGCGUGACUGAGUCGAAAAACGUGUUCUGUAAGUUUCAGUCGCGAGCUUUUACAUGCUAAUUUAUUUUUUUUAAUUUACAUUUUUUAAGUGAAAUCACCAGUUUUUAUUCUCGACGUUUAGAUCAAAUAAUAUUGUUCCACGCUCUGCACGAGCUGGAUAAAUACGCGGCCCAUUGUUAUCGCGGUCGUAGUAGUGCGGUUUUGAAAAUGAAGCCACAGUUAACAUAGCGUACGUAAACACGCUUGAGAAUAUUGAGACUGUAAUUUCUGUAAGCUCGUACAAUGAAAACAAAG